AUGAAUGCCUCUUCGAGCUCGCGAUGGACAAAGAGUCAUGAUGCGUUCAUCAAGGCGGGGGAUCUGAUCAUUGUGUUUGCAUCGAGAGACAAGACGCCAAUGCCUCUCACCGUGACACCCGGAGAACACGUGUCCAACAUGUUUGGACACUUCCCCCACGAAGAUAUGGUCGGCAUGCCCUAUGGCAGCAAGAUGAUUUCAAAGAACAGCCGUGGAUAUGUCUACCUCCUUCGACCGACGCCCGAGCUCUGGACACUGGCAUUGCCACAUCGUACGCAGAUUCUGUAUUCGCCCGACAUGUCGUUCAUCUCCAUGAAGCUCAACAUGGGCCCUGGAAGUCGGGUCAUCGAAGCUGGCACGGGGUCGGGCAGCUUCAGCCACGUCAUCGCCCGCACAGUCGGCCGUGCCAAUCUUGGUUCGAGAUCGGAAUCCAACGGCAACACAGAGGCCAAGUGCAGUUUUUCAGAAAGGCAAGUGCCAAGGAAUUGGCAGGGACUUCCCAACCACCUGCAGCAGAGUCUCUCUCGAGGCAGAGGGCAACUUCGUGAUAAGGACGAAGUUGGCUCAGAAACAGCCGAAACUUUGACUGCCAGCUCUCCAAGAGAAGAAUCUGCAGCUGCGGCCGAGUCUUCAGCCUCUGCGACAACACAGCGACCUGAUACAGACCCUCACGUUCCCGAAGAGCACGGCAGACUAUGGAGUUUCGAGUUUCAUGAGCCGCGUGCCGACAAGGCGAGAGCCGAGUUUGCGGCGCAUGGUAUGGACAAGGUCAUUGUGCUCAACCAUCGCAACGUUUGCAAAGACGGCUUUGGUCUCACUGACGCUGCCGACUCGGUGUUCUUGGACUUGCCCGCGCCGUGGGAAGCGGUUGGACAUGCCACCAAGGCGUUGCGGCGCGAUACAGUGACACGCAUUUGCUGCUUUUCUCCGUGUAUCGAGCAGGUGCUCAAGACGGUCACGGCCCUCAAUGAGCACGGUUUUACCGAUGUCGAGACGUUCGAAUCACUGGUACGCACCCACGAGAGUCACGCUGCUGCUGGACCCGAGGUGAGCAUCGACGAGGCGAUCAGCCGUAUCCGCGUGGUCGAAAAGCGCAAAGAGGCGAGACGGUUGAUCCAAAUCGAAAAGGCUCGUAGCGCUAAGGCACAGACUACGGGUAAGCAUGAUGGUGCUGAUGACGGUGGCGACACUAGCAUGACAGAGCCCGUUGCUUCUACAAGUAUCUCUGAAUCAUCUAGCCUGAAGCGCAAACACGAUGAGCAGGGUGAAGAGGAAGAUGCAGGGCAAAACGACCUCGAGCAAGCAACGUCACAGGAGCAAAGGACGACGAAUACAACUCAAGACAAAGCUGCCAAUGGCACGUAUCAGCGCGGCGUGCAAGAAGGUAUCGCAGUCACAAAGAAGAAAGCGCGCAUGAUGCAACAGCAAACGCACCAAAAUCAGCCCAUUCAAGCGGCCACCGUCUACUCAAGACCUUAUUACGAGAUGCGGGGGCAUACGAGCUACCUCACCUUUGCGACGCUUCUUCCGCGCGACAUGACGGCUGGUCUCUGA